AUGUUUCCCGCUUGCCGCCCACUUGAGGCCGAGGCGGGGCCCGCCGGUUUGGACGCCUACACACGCGAGCACAAGAACCAAGCCCGCCAGGAGGUAUGCGAUAGGCUCGUGAGCGUCAUCUAUGAGAUGCGCUCCGUGCUGAUGGAAGUUCGCGAGAAUGGGGGUGGCGGCCCUCUUACCACAGACCUCGCCGCCCGCGCCAAUAUGGCGCUGAGUGCGGUGACCGCUGGGACGUCGGCGUUCGGGGACAUGCUUCGCCUUGAGCAACCCUUCGAUAUCCCGCUCAAACCCGCCGGGGUGAUGAACCCUUUGGCCAAGACGGCAAGGGAAAGCGGCAAGCGGAAGCCCAGAGCCAGCGACGACAACAAUGGACCCAAGAGGUCGGGAUCGAAGGCUGGGGCGGCUGCAGCAAGUGGGGGAGCGAACGCGUCCGCACUGCAGGCCACCGGGAGCGGGGGAACCGCGUCCCUGGACACGGAGACGAGUAGGAAAAGGAAGGCCCUGAAGACGACAGCGAAGGCGGCCGUCAAGGGCAGCAAGCUUAGCAGCCGUGCUUCCAGCGUUACAUCCGCGGACAACAACUCGGACGACGCCGUCCUCGCUUCGCGAGAUGCUGACGGGGACACCGGUACUCCGUCGACUUUGGUCAGCGGCGGCGUCCAGCAGAAGGAGCAGGAGCAGGUGCGGUCGGGCAGAGCAGAAGAUCCCAUUGCGCUUAGCAGUAACGAUGAAGAUGCCGAGAGCAACGGUGCACGCGGGUCGGCAGAGUCGGGAGCAAUGGAAGAGAACGGUACAGCUCCCGUUCCCGCCCGGGCUUGUCCCUCCGGGGUGUUGGUUGACCACAACAGUGCCCAGCAGCAGGGCUUGCAGGGAACAGGCACGGCUGGUGUACGCACGGGGACACCUGAUAACCCCCUUGGUGCACAGGCGCCGAGCAAACUUGCCUUGGCGACUCACGGCGGUGGCAGCGGCGGUGGUGGUGCUUUCUCGUCUCCCCCUCUGCCCGCUGACAGGCGGGUGGGAACGUCCGGCAGAAACCUCACGCCCCCUAGCUCGGCCGUGAAGCGCAAGGCCGCAGAUCUCGCCAUGUCAUUCGGGACUAUUGUGAGCACCGGUGGUAGGGGUGACAUAGGCAGCAGCAGAAGUGGUGGGUCGAGGUCUGGUGCCGACUCCGAUGCGUCUCCUCUAGGUUAGGUGCGAAACACAUGCCCUUUUUGUCGCAAACCGCCCACUGUCCGUUGAGCUAGAGGUGAGACGGUUGUCAGGAUGGGCUGGAAGAGAUGCCGCCCCUUGUACUGUUACUGGACCGGGCCCAAGUACACGUUCCUAGAAGAGGAAAGAGCCACAGCACCCACCCAAACGUCAUGUGUUGUGCAGCAGUCCGAUCGUUCGCUCGACGCGUUUGGCGCCCGGUGCUGUCUCUCUCUCUCACUUCGCCUUUGUGCUUCUUGAGGGAAAAUAGUAUCACCCACCUCUCUGAGACGGAAGCCGAGGUGGAGUAUGACGCUUCUUAUUUUCGUUUUUCGGUAAGCACAGCUUUUUUUAGAGAAGUCGUCUUGUAAUGCCUGCUCAUAUGGUGUUCGUUUUCCUCUCCCCGCCUCGCGAGUCUGUCUUGCUAUGUUUUGGGGUGUACAGUAUGCGAUGAAUUAUCCGUCUGGCUGAGGAGGAAGCGCAUCCUUUGGCGCGGUGACGACGUGAUGCUUUCGUUUUCUUGUCUUGUUCUGUUGCCGUACAGGUGUGCGUAUGGUGCAUCGGUGAUCAUUUUGGUGUGCUUUUCGUUUGACGUAUUGGCAAAUUAUUUGGCCCUUGUGCCGGCCGAGCCUAGAUAUUGUUGUAGGAUGCACGCCCCUCCCCGAUGAUGAACAUGUCGGCGUCGUCUGGGGUGCUCUUGUUUUUGGAGCUGGGCCGGACGCUGUUUCUUUCCUGAGGCCACUUCUUUCAUGUUUUCUUUCCGGAUAGUUGAGGUGGCCGCGAUUUCGCGCCGGUGUUGUGUGCGUGGUGAGGACUGAGUUUACAGUACGAAUUGGACCCUGGACACGCAACUUCGUUUGUGGUGUUGUGUAGUCGCAGCAGGUGUGCAGGGGCGCGCGCGUACUCUCACAACCUCUUGGAUGCAUGCGUUUGUUCUCGCAGUAGGGGAGGCACACAAGGGGAAAGAAAGGUAGAGGUGUAGAGAGAAGGUGGUGCUAGGGAAUGACGCCGUCGACCUCCAUGACGGGGAAGGCGUGCCUCGCCGACAUUGGUUCCUACACCACUAUCAUCGCAAUUCGUUUGCUGUUGUCUCUAACAUGUGUCGAGCGAGCGGCUGUGACGCACUUGUCUCGUUGUGUUGGCAAAGAGACACGUGUCGAUUGUGUUGUCAUUGGCGCAUACUUAAGCUCCCGCCCCUCACGCCCCUGCUGCGGAAUAUGGUAGAGUGAGUGGUCUGGGAGCUUAGAAUGCCUGACUUUGGUUUCAGGAGGACCGCUGUAUCAUGGUAAGUGACACAUUGAAUUUUCGAUAGGCUUGUGUGUAACCCUCGUCGUGGUUUUUCUUGUCGCUUGUGGUGGUGGUUACUUUUUGAUGGUGUGCAGUGUGAAAUGGACCUUGUUGUUGUUGCUAUCGUUUGAUUGUGUGCUACUUUGUUGUCUAUGGGGGAGUGCAGGUGAGGGCGUGCACGUUGGCAUUUCAUGAGACGCUUUUCUCCACGUGUUUUUGCGGGCAAAGGAAAAAUAAACAGGACCUACAAUGCGAAUGGAAGGGAACAGGCGGUGCCGUUGCGGUGUGGCGUCGUCGAAGGGCAGCCUUGUAUAGUAUACUGAUGGAAGGGAGGAGGAGGAGGAGGAGGAGNUUCACCUACAGUAUUGUGGUGUCGAGCGAGUGGCAGGGAUCAGUGUAUCAGUCUGUCUUCUUGUGUUUUCGGGGAAGAGACCUGGUUAGAUAUUUGUGUGAGGUGUGAGCAGCGUUACCCUCCCCCCCCCGGCUUUCCCGUCGUUGGCGCACAGAGGUGUUUGGACAACCUACCGUUCGCGUAUCAUAUCGGGCAUUCCCUCUGCACCAUAUGUCUCAUCUAUCAUGUGUAUAUUGUCUGCACAUGCCUAUGAAGAAGUAGAGACCUGGGCUAGUGGAGAAGGCGUUUCGAUUUCCGGAUGUUUUAUUCUUCCUGCCGCCGGCCUCAUGUCACCAGAAAAAAGCGAAAGCCUAAGCUUCGUGUUCAUCUGUCACGUACUUAAUGUUGUAUAUUGUUCAUAUUACCUCGGUGGUUCGGAGCUUGUUGCCGUCCGCUGAGGGGUCGAGAAGGUUAUCUUUUACUUGUAGAACGUGCAUCGUGGCGAGUCGGACAAAAAAGUGGGCGAUACGUAAAUCCCACUGUCUCCUUGUUCUGAACGACGUGAGCAAAGAUGUGUUUACCGCCCUCGCCCGGGAGCUGGUUGGCCGUCGCGAUGACGUAGUAUAGUCGUUGUUCUCGCACUACAUUUGCAAUGUUUUUGCUGUUGAGUCAAAAGGUCGGUGAGCGAAAGAUGUUCAGGACGUUGUUCAAGUAGCAGGGUACACGUCCCGUGCAUUGUGACGUUACAGGUGU